UCCUAAUUCUCCUUUCACAUUCUUUCCCGAACCCGGGUGGACAAAGUCAUUCGUUAUCUUUGUCCCCUUAUUAGUGCAGGAUCACCUCUCAUUGUAUCCUCACUGCACACCACGCUUCUGCAUUCUCCAAACCGGACAUUCACUCUCAUUUGAGCUUUGAAUUGAUUGAUAUUUCAUCCUGCAAUUUUUCCCACCCAUCAACAUGAAGGUCACUCAGAUUGUUUUUGCUACUGGCCUGAUCGGUCACGCCGCUGCAACAUGGAACAUGUUCGGUAACCCGUUCAAUUCGCCCAAAUACAACGACAACGAGUGUAGCGAUAAGCAAAAAGGCGGCUUCAACUGGGCGGACCUGAAGGACGGUGAAUCCAACUUCAACUACGGUGACUUUGACUUCACUGGUGGCUGGAAAUGCUCCAACUCCUUCGGCAAGCGUGAUCACCUCACACGUCGCACUUUCGGAUCGAAGUGCAUCAAGAACAAAGUGAGCAAGCAGAAGCCCGCUUCUUUUGGCUGUGACAAGCGAAAGGCUGGUUUCUCCAUCACGCACAUCGAUGUCUCUGUUGAGUACGACGUCGACCUCGAGCUUCACUACCACAUGGAGGAUGGAUCAAAGUGCAAGCAGGUUGCUCCCUGCAAAUCCUCCGGGUCCACUAUCCAGAACACUCAGUGUGGUGGCGCGAAGUCGGUCGACGUCUACCUUCCCAAGCACGACAAGUCGGACAAGGAGUGCGAGAUCGGUUUCCACAACAUCGGUUUCGACUGCAACCCAGGCACAGGCUACACACCUCCUUCCCCUCCUACCCCUCCUGAGAUUCCUUCGUCUUCAGCACCAGUAGUCUCCCCGCCGGCGUCUACUCCCGUCGUUUCGGAGCCUGCCUCGUCCGCCCCUCCCAGGUCGACACCGUCUUGCAAUGGCGAUGAGUGCAACUCCCAGCCCCCGGCUACUUCCAGCGCUGCUCCCCCUUGUGAUGGCGACCCUCCUGCUACCGAGACUCCUGUCACUCCUUGCGGUGGCUACGGCCAAGAGUCCUGUGAAGGCACCACCGUCAUCUCUACUCCUGUCGAGACUCCCUCUACCUUCUCUACCGCGCCCUACACUAACAACACCGUGCCCGCGACAACUGCUCCCCCCACAUACGAGACGAGUCCCAGCCCCAGUGCCCCUGCCUGUGACGGAAGCUAUGGAGAGUCGUGUGAGGGAACUACAGCGGUUUCUACCCCUGCCGCUUCCAGCUCCGCCAUCAUCAGCACCGGUGUUCCCCAGCCUUCCAGCCCCAGCUACCCACCUGUCAGCCCUCCUGAUGUUCUGCCCAAAUGCAUGAACACCUGGCUCGAGGUUUCCGGUGACUGCAAGAACAACGCCGAUGCCUCCUGCUACUGCAAGAACAAGGACUUCACAAAGCAGGUCAUUGAGUGCGUUUCAGCCUGGUGCGGCACCGACGAUGAGACCCGCGAGGCUCUCCAGUACCUCAUCGGUAUCUGCGCCGAGCACGUCCCUGAGAACCCUGGUCUCGUCACCGACUGCCCCUCGUACAUUCCUCUCAACCCCACUCCUGCUACGCCUACAGCCCCGGCUGGUGGCGUCAGCACACCUGCGGGUGAGGUACCCGGCUCAGCACCCGCCCCCGGUGCUCCUGCGGAGACUCCUGCGGCUUACCCCCACACCACAAUCAUCUACGGCACCACCACCCUGACCAUUCCUCAGGUCCACUUCACCACACAGACCAACGAGGCCGGUGCCACCCCUACCGAGCCUGUUGGCCUCAUCCCCGGCACUGCGCCUGCUCAGGCUCCCGCGAGCACCACCCCUGCGCCUUACCCCAUUGCCGGUACCACACUGGCUACUUUCAAGCCCUCUGGCACUGGCGCCUACAGUCCUACUUCGCCCGCCGAGUUCACAGGUGCCGCGGCACCCUUCAAGCUGGAGGCUCAGCACGCCAUUCUCGGUGCCAUGCUGGCUUUCUUUGCCUUGUAA